AUGACAACAAAUCCUCCUAAGGACACUGACGGUAUAAUACCCUGGACUUCGUUUCUUGGACAUGUACCUGGUGCAGACUACUUCAAACAGUUGAAGCGACCUCAUGAAAUCAGAUAUCUGGAUUAUCUAAAGUUUUGCAAUGUGCAUUCUGAAGACAUGCGUAAAUAUGAUUCACAUUGGAGGAACGUGAUCUUGCGAGCGCUGCAGAAUAGUGGAUGUGCUAUACUUGAGCAGGAAUACUCCAGGCUAGAUAAGGAAUGGAAGAAAGAUGUGUCAGAACGGGAACAAUUCUGGAGAGAAUUAAGAAUCAAUGAGAUAGAGCAGGAUGAUGCUCGGUUCAAUAAGGAACUUAUGGACAGUGUUAAGCGUAAUGCUGUUGACCAACUUAAUAUGACAUACAAGGAUUUUACUUGGAAACUUGAUGCUGAGUUUGGUAUGCAUUCUGCUUAUGUUUAUAGGUGA